AUGUCUAAACUCGGCCCUCAGACUGUGGCCCUCAUGCUGUGGCCCUCAUGCUGUGUGAGGCAUCGCAUCCCAGAGAGCAGCUCGUUUCCAUACCACCCAAACCCAGCCGAGGCAAACGGCAUCUCCCUAUCUCCUCCAAGUCCCCCGGUACUCGGUGAACCUCCAGCUCGACACACCAUGCAGGAUGACUUAUUGAUGGAGAAAUCUCACCAUCAGCCACAGCCAGAGCGAGCGGACCCUCCUCCAGCGGCGAGUACUCCUUCCAAUUCCUCCCUGGAGCAGACCUCAUCCUCUGGGUCGUCCUCUGACGCCGAGUCCAGCAGCUGUAGUAGUAGCGGUGGCGUUGGUGGUGGGAAGGAUAAAUCGCCCAUGGAGUCACCUAUAUUACCAGGACUGAGCUUUCCACACCAAGAAACGCUCAGUCCGCAGUUGCCCCUGUCUCCAAACUCCUCAUUCGGGAGUGCGUGGUCCGUGGAUGACAGUAGCUACUUCCCUGGAAUGCCUUCUGUGAAUGGAACGAUGCUUUUCCAAAAUUUUCCCCAUGUGAACCCGGUGUUUGGGGGGAAUUAUACACAAGUGGGUUUGGCAGCGCAGUCUCAGCAGCAGCAGCAGCAGCAGCAGAAUAGGAGGUCCCCAGUGAGUCCAAAUCAAAGUUUCCAGCAGAGAAACGCGUACCAAAACUUCUCCAAAGGCUCCUUGACAAGCACUUCAUGGAAUAACAAUCAUCAGAGUUGGACUUCCACUCCGUCCAGUCCUUGGAGUGGGGUGCAGCAGCAUGGCAGGGACCCCAGGAGGGCAGUGGGGGUGGGGGUGGGGGGCAUGCCUUCUCAGUUGAACCCAGUGUCUCCUAUGAAAAAGCCCUUCGGGACCGGGAACGUGAUCGCUCCACCCAAGUUCCCCAGACCCCUCGGGCCCAAAGCGUGCUGGAUGGAUGAGUUCAGGGCGGACGGGAACAACAUGCUUCCUUUCCAGGAGCGGAAUCGUCCGUUUGAUGCCUUCAGUUUGCACUCUCUGGGAAACUCUCUCAUGGACAUGAUCCGCACCGACCACGACAAAGGAAGAAUGGGCCUGAACUUCCACCAUCCUGGAGACCACAUCAUGCCCCUCAACAGUAAGUCACUUCAUAAAAGACAUGGAAACGUUAAGUCGUAG